AUGGAACCCAUGACCUUCCGGCUGGGUGUCGACCCCCCCUCGCGCCCCAGACGGUACACCGUCCAGCCCCCUCAUGGUUCUCUACCCCCGGGUGCACCGGCGUCCUGUGAAGCUCUCCGGACCCGACGGCUUCUGGGACGAAGAGAGCGCUCUAAUGGAAGCCCUGUGAAGAAGGGGUGUGAUACCAUCACGGUCCUGAGACCGGACACCAAGACCCCUAACACCGGCCCCCCAGGGGGGGAGAAGACACCGGCCCCCCAGAGGCUGCCCAUGGGGGGCCAUUUUGGAUAUUUGGGGAAGAUUAACAGCCAGACGGAGACAUCGGAUAGCUAUAGGGGGCAGAGUUCAGUGAUGCCCACGGAGGAGGAGGAGGCCCCCAGCAUCACAGAGUUCCACUCCUCUACCCACGUGUUGCCCGUGGGCCAAGCGGCCCGCUAUACCUGCCACGCCGGCGGCACGCCGGAGCCCACAGUAGAGUGGCUCCACAACGGCAGGCCCCUGGAGAGGGACGGCACAGACGACCAAUCAGAGGCCUGGGUGGAGAGGGGCUUCCUCUUCGUCAGAGGGGUUGGGUAUGGCGUGAACACGGUCUGCUGCAUGGCGAGCAACAGCGCCGGCACGGCCAAUCACAGCGCUGAGCUGCUUGUCUUUGAUGCCUGUGAACUCACACUGGACCCGAACACGGCCUACGAUCGACUCUCUCUGUCUGAGGACAACAGAAAGGUGACAGGGGUUGGAAAGAGACAGUCGUAUCCGGAUCACCCAGAGAGAUUUGAGUCCCAUCCCCAGGUGUUGGGUCGAGAGGCUCUGACUGGCCACUGUUACUGGGAGGUAGAGAGGAAAGGACUGGUUUAUAUAGGAGUGACACAAAGAGGAAUCAAAAGGGAAAAAGGGGGUCGUAGUGGAGCACUUGGCCAGUACAAAAAGUCCUGGGUUCUUUAUUGUUAUGAUGGUCGUUACUCUGCCAUGUACAACGUUAAGAGAACAGCCCCACCUCUCCGCCCCGCUGGCUCCACCAGAGUAGGAGUGUACCUGGACCGGCCUGCUGGCACUCUGUCCUUCUACAGAGUGUCCCCAGGUGGAGGAGGGUCCUCAGACACACUGACACACAUCUACACCUUCCAGGCCUCCUUCACCCAGGAGACCUCCUCCCUGGGUUUGGGUUAUGGGAGGGGGGAUCAGCCUUUCUGUGUCGGUUGUAGAAAAAAACCCGCCGGACUGGCGGGCGGGCAGUAUUUUGGAUUGUUACAGGCCUGA